CACCAUUGAUUAACUUGCGUUAUCAACCGCCAUGGCAUUCAAGUUCUUUGUUUUCGCCGCCGUAAUUGCUGUAGCUAGGGCUGGAGUAGUCAGCGCUCCGGUGGGUUACGCCGCAGCCCCUGUUGUCGCCAGGGUAGCUGCUCCCGUCGCCUACGCCGCCCCCGUCGCUUACACCGCUCCCGUCGCCAAGGCUGUCGUAGCCGCCCCCGUCCUUGCCAAGACUGUCGUCGCUGACGAAUACGACCCCCAUCCCCAAUACAGCUACGCCUACGACGUCCAGGAUGCCCUCACCGGUGACUCCAAGAGCCAACACGAAACCCGUGACGGAGAUGUCGUCCAGGGCAGCUACUCCCUCGUUGAACCCGACGGCACCCGUCGUACCGUCGAAUACACCGCCGACCCCGUCAACGGUUUCAACGCCGUCGUACACAAGGAAGCCGCCGUAGUCAAAGCCGCCGUCGCCGCCCCCGUCGUCGCCCAUGCCGCUCCCGUUGUCGCCCACGCCGCCCCUGUCGCUUAUACUUCCCCCGUAGUCACUAAAUACGCCGCCCCCGCUGUAGUCGCCCACGCAGCUCCUGUUGUAGCCCAUGCUGCUCCUUUGGCUUACGCCGGCCCAACAUUCUUCCACCACUGAUAUACUCAUAAAAUUAAGUGUAAAUAUUAUUUAUAUGCAAUAAAUAUU